AUGUUGGCGGAUUUCCGAUUCCAUAUCCACUACAAGCCCGGUGUGAAAAACAGUGAUGCAGAUGGACUCAGUCGCAUGCCGCUUGACGUAUCCAAGUUUACAGAAAGUUGUUCCCCUGACACCAUUGAUGCCAUAGUGACAGCAGUAAGGUUAGACGAGACUGUUUGUAGCAGUAUUUUUGCACCAGUGAAAGAGGCUGAAGCGGAGGAAGAGAAACUUCAGGGUGGAACCUUUUCUUCUAUAAGCAGUGCUACCUUAACACAGGAACAGAGUAAGGACCCAGACAUUGGGCUUAUAAUUCCUUUUGUACAAAAGGGGACAAGACCGUCAAAGGAAGUAACCAAAGGUUGGAGCCCUGCUUCCAAGUGUUUACUAAGAGAAUGGCCAAAGUUGAAGAUGGUCAAUGGACUACUUAGGAGGGAGAUUUCACUACCUCGAGAAGGACAAAUACAACAACUUGUACUUCCAAAAUGUUAUAGGAAAUUAGCCCUUAAACAUUUACAUGAUGAUCUAGGACACUUAGGAGCAGAGAGAGUAUUGAGUAGUGCAAGAGAUCGAUUCUACUGGCCGCACAUGGGUUCAGAGAUUGAGCGAUAUGUUACUCAGGAGUGUUGUUGUAUCAAGGACAAAAGACCACAUCUUCCGCGGAAAGCAGCACUACAACCCAUAACUACGACUUGUCCAUUGGAACUGGUCUCAAUUGAUUUCCUCCAUCUGGAGCGCUGCAAAGGGGGAUAUGAAUAUAUUCUUGUGGUGAUGGACCACUAUACCCGCUUUGCCCAGGUGUAUGCCACCAGGAACAAAUCGGCCAAAACCGCAGCAGAAAAAGUGUUCAAUGAUUUUGUGCUAAGGUUUGGAAUGCCUAGCAGACUUCACCAUGACCAGGGACGUGAAUUCGAGAACAGAUUUUUCUUUGAGUUACAGAAGUUGUGUGGAAUUCAUCACUCUCGUACAACACCCUACCACCCCCAAGGAAAUGGCCAAGUGGAGCGUUUCAAUAGAACUUUGUUACAAAUGUUAAGAACUCUAGAACCAUCUUUCAAAUCUGACUGGAAAUCUCAUUUAAACAAAGUCGUUCAUGCAUACAAUUGUACGAAGAAUGAAUCAACUGGAUAUGCACCAUUCUUCUUGCUAUUCGGACGUCAUCCAACACUGCCAAUUGACCUCGUUUUCCCAGAGCUACAGCAUUCAGAAUCGAAGCGGACUUACUCACAAUAUGUCACUCAGUGGAAGGCUCGCAUGGAGGAGGUUUACAAAGUAGCAUCACAGCAAGCAGCGAAGAUGUCUGAUAAGGGAAAGCGUCAGUAUGACAAGGCACUAUUGAGUGCACGAUUGUAUCCUGGAGACCAUGUACUGGUGAAGAACCUUUUGGAACAGGGAGGGCCAGGGAAAUUAAGGUCAUACUGGGAGCGGGAUGUGUAUGUGGUACUUAAGCAAGUAAAUGAGGAUACACCAGUGUACGAGGUGAGGAAGAAGUCAGGACAGGGUGGUAUCAGGAGACUUCACAGGAACCUGUUAAGGCAGUGCAAUUCCCUACCUGUAGAGUCCGGACAUAAGGAGAAGAAAAAACCCUACCGGUUAAAACAACCCCCCAAACUGACAGCCCCAGUCUAUGACGCUGAUGGUAGCUCCUCGGAUUCGGAUGGAUCUAUUGAUUUUGGAGGGAUCUCCUUAAAUCCACAUGCGGAACCAUUUGUGCCUCAACAGCAUAUUACAGAAUACGGUAGCUCAGACUCGGUGGUUGAAGUAGAGAAUCCUAGUGACUCUCAUUCGGAGGAACCUGUUGUGAUUUCUGACAGUUCUGGUGACAGUUUCAAGUCAGCCCAUAGUUCAGAUAGACAAUCUGAUACUCAGAAUGAUCAGGAAGACCCAAACUCUGAUGAAAGACAUGAGGAGCCAGGUGUUGAUGAAACCAGUCAGACUGAAGACGAUCAUUCAGAAAGACCUAAGAGAACAACCAAACCUCCCAGGAAGUUUACAUAUGAUCAGUUAGGGAAACCAUCAUAUGUACAGACCAUUACACCAGAUUUUGAAAUUUUUGUGUAG